AUGCUCAUUACUGAUGAGAUUCUCCUGCCAAAGCCCAAGAACACGCUGGCGCCUGAGUUCAAGCUUGCAGUACGCCCAUCCAAGAAUACCCAUCCUUCCUCACCAUACCCGAAGAGAGUCUCUCUCGAGCGUUCUCGUUCUCGUUCUCGGACACCCAUUCCCUCGGAUUCAUCAGGCUCCUUCGAUUCGCUAUCAGACAGUGACUCGUCAACUUUGGCUGCAAGUUUAUCAGAAGACUCGAAGAUUCCAAAGCCUGCUGGUGAGCCCAGUCGUCCUGGGCGUGGAGGAUACACGCUCCGCGAGGCUUUGGAUUGGAGUCCAAAGGCAUACACCAAGUUUAAGAAUUCUAUGCACCACCUCAUCGAAGAGCACCUCGAUACGACGAAGUGUGCCUCGAUACGACGAAGUGUGCCUCGAUACGACGAAGUGUGCCUCGAUACGACGAAGUGUGCCUCCUCCCAAAGUCCUAUCCUUCUGAAGACUGUCUGCGACAAAGCUGUCGAUGCUUUCCCCGACCUAGAAAAUUAUAGCGAAUUCUGGCCAGUUAACGAUAUGAUCAUGAUGCGCCUGAAAUAUACAUCAGGUCGUGCUAGGCAGAAAGAAGCAGGGAUGGUUACGGGAAAGAGUAAGAAACAUACUCCCAAGAAAAGUUGA